UAUGCCGCAAGCGAGCAGCAAAUUUAGUGUAAUGAAUGUGACUCUGAGUGGUGGCUGUCGAAUGGUUAACUGUCAUUUUUUUAAAGCUUCUCAUUAGUUUAUAUUUGAUGACCAUUUGAAAAAAGCUGCAGGAACAUUUUCACAAAUACGUACUUUUGAUAUUAAUCUCAUUCGAUUGAGCUGACAAACUUCAGAAAUCCGAACAAUAAUGCUAAGAUUGCGGACUUUCGUACCACUCGGGAGGCGUGGCUCCGCUGCCGGUCUUUCCUCCACCACCAACAGUUCUUCCCCACGCCGAACCCCAAGGCGUGAUUGUUAUCGUCUUCCCGUUGCACCGACAGGCCGCUUUCUUACUACCAGUUGCAUCCACAAUCAAAGCUACCGUCAGGCCGAUCCCACCUACCCUCUCCUAGGAAAGACCAUUGGUCAGGUUGUAGAUGAUACGACAGAAAAGUUUCCUGACAGAGAGUAUGUUGUCUUCUCAAGAGACAAAGUUAGGAGGACAUUUUCACAGUUUAGAGAAGAAUGUGACCAACUAGCAGCUGGAUUGCUAGCGAUUGGAAUUGAGAAAGAUGACUGCGUUGGUAUCUGGGGACCGAGCACGCUUGAAUGGGUCCUCACACAGUUUGCCACUGCCAGGAUAGGUGCCAUUCUCGUCAACAUCAACCCAGCUUACCGCCAAAAUGAACUGGAAUACGCCAUGAAGAAGGUUGGUGUGAAGGCUAUUGUGGCGGCACAGUCAUUCAAAACGCAGAACUAUUAUGAAAUGUUGAAUGGAAUCUGCCCGGAACUGACAACAGCAACACCAGGGAAUAUAAAGAGUGAAAAUCUUCUAAUGUUAAAAUCUGUGAUCAUGAUGGGCCAAGGGAAAUUCCCAGGUGCGUUCAACUUUGAUGAUGUGAUGGACAUGGGAAAAGAUAAUCAUUUUCACAUCAUAGAUAAGAUGAAAUCUGCUCUGCAAUUUGACCAGCCAGUCAAUAUCCAGUUUACAUCAGGAACCACUGGCAACCCCAAAGGAGCAACUCUUACUCAUCAUAAUAUAGUGAACAAUAGCUACUUUAUUGGUUCCAUCUUGAAAUAUCAUGAAAAGGAGCAUCGGAUAGGAGUGCCGGUCCCCCUGUACCAUUGUUUUGGGAUGGUAGGAGGAUCUCUCUGUGCCAUGGUUCAUGGUAAUACUUGUGUGUUCUCUUCCCCCAGCUUUGAACCUGAAGCUAGUCUGAGAGGCAUCCAAGAAGAAAAGGUAACAUCACAGUAUGGCACCCCCACCAUGUUCAUCGACAUGUUGAACCAUCCAAACUUCAGCCAAUACGACAUGAGUAGCCUCUCAACCGGGAUCAUGGCCGGAUCUCCAUGCCCCAUAGAAACCAUGAAACAAACACGAACACUCAUGAAUAUGAAAGAUGUCACAAUUUGCUAUGGUUUGACUGAGGUUAGCCCUGUUAUCUGUCAGACUGAGAUGCACGACCCUGUAGAUCUGAGGGUAUCUACAGUUGGAAAGCCUGCUCCACACAAUGAGAUUAAGAUUAUUGAUCCUCAGUCCGGUGAGUUGAUGCCUUACAACACUCCUGGAGAACUGUGCAGUAGAGGGUACACCACCAUGGUGGGUUACUGGAAUGAUGAGGCCAAGACGAGAGAGGUCAUUGAUGAGACAAGAUGGUUCCAUUCUGGAGACUUGGCCACCAUGAAUGAAGAAGGAUACCUGACGAUUGUAGGUCGGAUUAAAGAUCUGGUUAUCAGAGGAGGCGAGAACCUCUAUCCUACAGAGAUCGAGCAGUUCCUCUACAAACAUCCAAAGAUUGAAGAUGUUCAGGUGAUUGGCGUACCGGAUGAAAGGAUGGGAGAAGAAUUGUGUGCUUGGAUCAGACUGAAAGCAGGACAAGAAGCCACGCCGGAGGAGAUCAAAGACUUCUGUAAAGGAAACAUCUCUCAUUUCAAGAUCCCUCGCUACAUUGAGUUUGUUGACGAGUUCCCGUUGACAGUGACUGGCAAGGUUCAGAAAUUCAAGAUGAGGCAGGCCAUGGAAGAAAAGAUGAAAAAGUAGGAUGAAAUCUUUUUCUUUCUUUCUUGUUCCAUUCUAUUGAUGAUUCCUAACAGUAAUGUGCAGUGGGUAAGACCUUUAAUAUCCAAAGAACAAAUUGUGAAUGAAGAAAUAAUAAUUAUUAUAAUUAUACUUGCUUAUAUAGCGCUUAACACUAACUUUGUCAGAAGUCUCUAAGCGCUCUACAGUAUAUGCAGCAUAAUUACCCUGGCUUUAGCAGUGCAGCUGUUACGCGCGCUGCGUUUCAAGGAAUAAAUUCCUGCCAGGUACCCAUUUACCUCACCUGGGUUGAGUGCAGCACCUUGCGGAUAAAUUUCUUGCUGAAGGAAAACACGCCAUGGCUGGGAUUCGAACCCACGACCCUCUGUUUGAAAGGCGAUAUUCAGAACCACUAGACCACGACGCACCCGCGUGAAACAUUUUUGUUUCUUUUCUUUUUCUCAUUUCAUUCUACCAAUGAAUGCCAACUCUUUUUUACAAAUCCUGAUGAAAAUCAUAUUUUUAGAUUUAAGAGUAUGAUGAAAUUUGUUUUGGUUCCAUGUUUCAUUCCACCGAUGAAUUCCGAUGGUAAUGUGCAUCUAGUAAUACAAAAUAUUGUAAAUCAAAAUGUGAGAUGAAAUUCUUUGUUUAUACAUGUAUUUUUAUUUUAUUCCACCGCUGUAUAAAUAAAAUAGUAGGACAAAUUUUUGUUUCUUUCUUGUUUCAUUCCACCUAUGAAUCCCAACUCUUAGGAGCAGAGCUUUUGCAGAAUCUAAUGAAACAUUUUUUUUUAUUAUUUAAAAGUAUGAGGAUCUUUUUUUCCCACCGAUGAAUUCCAAUGGUAAUAUGCAGUUUGUAAUCUAACUCCCAAAAAUGUAAGUCAAAACGUGAGAUGAAAUUUUUUGUUUAUUUUUUAUUUCAUUCCACCGAUGUAUCCCAGCAGUACUGUGCUGCUGCUAAGAACUGUAAUUUUAUCAUGAAAAAAAAGUAAUAUAAAUGAAACAGUAGGAAGAAAUCUGUUUGUUCUUGUUUUAUUUCACCAAUAUAUCCCAAUGGUUAGAACAGGGAUGUUAAUUCUUAUUUUUCAUUUUUUUUUUUGGGGGGGGGGCGGGCAAAAUUCUUUAAAUGGUGCUAUUCAUUCAUUUUGAUGGCUUAAGUUUUUAUUCAUGUGGAGGUUUUGAAAGUAUUGUUCCUAUGAGACCAGAGUAUGAUGACUAAUUCUUACAUGAUGAUGUAAUUAUUUAAUUGAAUUAUGACAUUUAUUUUAUUCAGUACUUUGCUCUUAUUCAGGGAGUAAUUUAUAAAACAAUGCGGUGAUAUUAUCGAAGUCUGGUGAUUUCCUUUUGUUUGACUUACAUUUUGUGAUGCUUAUUUGAUCUUUGACCUCAGUAGACCUGGAAAGAUCAAGGUGUUGAGUUCAAAAUAAUGUGUUAGUGAGUAAAUCGUUUGUUAACAAUGUUAAAGAGGAAUUUCGACUAAUUCUUACCUGUGCACCAAUAUGUAUAUUUUUUUUAAACAAAGAUGUAUAUAAUCAUAUUUUUAUGGUGCUUAUAUUAAUGUAUUGAUAAAGUAUGGAGAAAUUAAGUCCAUUGGUCAAUAAGAUUUUGAAAAUUAUGAAUUGUUUUUUAUGAUGUAUUUGUCUUCUAUUAUUAUCAUUCCUUGUGAUAAAUUGAAUCAUGUAUUUAAACUAUUGAAUGAAUGAUUUGAUGAAAUGAGAUAUAUCUUGAUUGAGUAAUUAAAAAAAAAAUUAAAUGAACAUUCAAGUUCAUAAAUGCAAAGAAUGUCAGAAGUGGUACUAUUCGAAACAAGAAAAAAAAGAAGAUGAAGCCCAAUUUAGGAUACCAAAAAGUUACAUGUGUGCAGAUUUGCAAAAAAAUCUAUUAUUCUUGCACAUUAGAAUCUGUCCUUCAUGUGAGUUUAUGAUACUGAUAUCGAAAUUCACACAGCAUAGAUUUGAACAAUCUCUAGAUUGUCAUUUACUUUCAUUUAAUCCUUUAGAUGUUCGAGGCUCGAAACAGGUCUCAUGAUUUUUAAACCAAAACAAAACAUUCUGUAUCGUGCUUAGUUUCAAAGCAAAAAAUGCAGUUUACUUCUUUUUGGCCAAUCUAUUGUCUGUUGCCCUCCCUCCUUUGGAUGGUAGGCCCAUUCACCUGACCCAGAUUCAGCACUACAGAGUACCACUUGGUCAUGUCUGUCAUGUGUAUUUUGUAUUGCUUUAAAGCAGGGGGCCGUUUCAUAAAGCUAUUCGUAAGUUAAGAGUGCCUUUAAGAAUGACUGGCGAUCCUUUUUUACAUGCUAAACCAUUGCCAUUGAUAUUACCAUAAGAAAGGAUCACCAUUCAUUCUUAAAGUCGCUCUUAACUUAAUACCAACAGCUUUAUGAAACACCCACCAGUUCUCCUGUACCUUGACAGGAUAAGACAUGUAUGGGGGGGUACCCUUUUAAUGUAUCUUUUUUCUCUCUAUACAUACUGUAUGUACUGAAUUUUUCUUGUCAUAAUAUUUUUUUACAGUCCUGCCCCCAGUAGGCCAUAUACAUGUACAUGUACAAGUAUUAUUUAGAAACAGGUAGAGCUUAUUUGCGUAUCAAACAUUUCCACCGUGUUAUAUAAAAAAAGAUAUCAACUUACAUAAUUAGAUAGUUACUACUAAAUUGUUAGUAGUAGAGCUUGUGAAAGUUGCUUUAUAUAGAUCUAACUUUGUUUGUUUGCCUUGUCCUUAAAACGCAACAACUAAUAUUUUAGUAGCUACAUGUAGGUGACCACUGUGCCAUAAUGUAUAAGUAGUGACCAUUGUGCUUUCAUUAGUCUUCAUGAAUAUGCCUGAACCUAUGUUAAAUAUGUGUGCCUUAUUACUCUCAGCCUAAAUGAAUUCAUAAAAUUCUAUAAUGAAUUAAAUUGUGCAUAACAGUGUAUUUUUCCGAAAUAGACAACUUUGUCAUGAUACAAAAAAAAAAGCAAUAAUCUAUUCUUUACGAUCGUGCAUAACAUUAACACCAUAAAGGUCACAGGCAAGCCAUGUACAAAUGGUUAGAAUCAGUUGUACACAGUCAUGGAAAACAAAAUGAUUUUUUAAAUAUAUUUACAUAAAAAAUAAUCAACUACAUGUAUGUACUUGUAACGAAAUUGGACAAUCGGUAAUCAAACGGGUCAGAACUAAUAGUGUAAUAAAUUAAGUUUCAUUUUCAGAAUGAGCAAAAGUCUCAAUUUGCAUCCUUCUUCAUCUCAAUAAAUUUAUAGAGGCUUUGAAUUGAAGAAUUAAUCACAGUGUAAAUAAUACGAUGUAUUAUAAGUUAAAAUGCAAAUUAUUAUAAGAUAAAUAUGAACACAGAGUGAAGAUAUAGGACAGAGAAAUGAGCUUUAUGGUUGUACAACAGAAAUGUGGUUGUAUUUGCACUCUGUAUGAUGAGCACUGUCAAAUUAAUGUAUAAUGAAAUGUACUUUGACUAUUAAACUUAAUUGAAAGAUAUUUUUGUCCUUAAAGCAAAACUGAUCAUGAGUGAAUUACCAUUAUGUGCUAAAUUGUGUGAUGAAUUAUCCAAAUGUUUCUAAGCAUCAAAAUGUGAUAUGUUGAUAACAAGUGGAACACAAAAGACAUCACCGCAGAUAUCAUGAGCGAUAUUGUGGCUCUAUUUAUUGAUAAAAGCUUUGAUUCUUUAUAGCAAGUUUGCUCUUAGCCAGUCAUGUGAUAUGAUGCCAGGAGCUUAUCACAGUAGCUUGCAACCUGCCAUUGAAAACAAGUUUUGUGAUACAGGGUCCUUGGUUGUGUUUAUGUGAUGUUAAUUGAUAUGCCAAAGUAGUACCAGGGCCCUGUCUUUCAGUGGAGUGUGACUGAUCCAACCAACCAACUACUGUACAUGUAUGCCAAGCCAGCAACACCAUCAUCAAGAAGGCAAUUAAUGUUUUCUACUUUACAUGUGUGACAAAGAAUGUAUAGACAAAGAAUUAUGUCCAUACUGGCUUUCCAUAGUUGAAAUUGAUUUGAUCAAUCACACUUCUUUAUAACAUGAGGCCCUGAAGUGACUUACCAUGCAGUAUAAUAUGUGUCUGAUCAAUUGUUUGAUUGGGUUUGCAAUAUAAUCUUGAUUAUGUUUACCAUACACUGUACGGACGAGGGGAUCUGAUGUUCAGACAUUCAAGCAGAUUGAAACAUUGUUUGCCCUGGAUUUUCUCGAAAAUUUGUAAAUUAAAUAGCAAAAAAUAA